ACGCGGUGCAGUUGCAACCAUGCUACUCGCCGCCGUUCUAGUGCUACUACUGAUCGGAUGUUUCAUCGCUUUGGCGAUCGUACGUGACCUCCAGUGGAGACGAACAGAUGCGUACCGUGCGGCAAUCCUUUAUCCCGGUGCUCCAAUCCUCCCGUUGAUAGGAAAUCUGUGCGAACUGUUGUUUAAGAAUGCGGUGCAAACGUUUGCCUAUGCCCGUGAAAAUGCGGCCCGUUACGGUGGAUCUUACCGGCAGUGUAUAAAUGGGAACAUCAUACUGAACGUUACUCGUGUGCGGGAAGCAGAGAAGAUCCUGUCCAGUACGCAACAAAUCCGGAAGAGUAUACUCUACCACUUUCUACAUUCGCUCAUGGGGGAUGGGUUGCUGUGCAGCAAGGGAUCGAAGUGGCAGCAACGGCGCCGCAUUCUUACCCCGGCCUUCCACUUCAACAUUCUGCCCAGAUUUCUGACCAUCUUCCAGGAGGAGAGUGUAAAGUUGGUCCACCAGCUUGAUAGCCUGGCCGAUGGUGUGCAAGAGAUCGUACUGCAACCGAUCGUGACCAGCUUUGCGCUGCACACGAUAUGUGAAACGGCCAUGGGUGUAAAGCUGGAUGCGUAUGAAGCGGCCGAUGAGUACAAGAAGCGUGUGUACGAGGUCGGUGAGAUGUUGGUCCAUCGCACGAUGUCACCGUGGCUGUACAGUGAUUGGGUGUAUCGGUUUCUCGGCUACGAAGGACCACUGUCGAGGGCCCUGAAACCCAUUCACCACUUCACAAGAAGCAUUAUCCGCCAAAGGAGAAAAGAGUUUCAUGCUCACCGCCAGUAUGUACAGGAUUCGGAGGAGAAUAUGUACUUUGGCUGCAAGGAUCGCUACGCCAUGCUCGAUACACUAUUAACAGCAGAGGCAAAACAGCAGAUUGAUGAGGAAGGAAUCCGCGAAGAAGUGGACACGUUCAUGUUCGAAGGCCACGAUACGACGGCCGCGGCCAUCAUGUUUACCCUUUUGGUACUCGCGAACGAACCCGAUGUGCAGGAACGGUGCUACGCCGAGCUGCGAAACUACGAUGCUACUCUAGCUCCUCUGACCGUGCAUGACUAUCAGCAGCUUCCAUAUCUGGAUCGUGUGCUGAAGGAAUCCUUGCGUCUCUAUCCACCGGUGGCAUUUAUAUCGCGUGCAACGACCGGAGAUCUUACUAUUGAUGAAGCUACGUUUGGUCACAAUACUAUCGCUCAUAUCCAUAUCUACGAUCUACACCGCGAUCCGGUUCAGUUUCCCGAUCCCGAACGGUUCGAUCCGGAUCGUUUUCUACCGGAGCACGUAGCAAAACGGAAUCCGUAUGCGUACGUACCAUUCAGUGCUGGCCCGAGGAACUGCAUUGGCCAGAAGUUUGCUCUGCUCGAGAUCAAAACCGUCCUGGUGACGCUGCUCAACCACUUCCAGCUGUUGCCGGUAACGCGUCGUGAGGACGUCGUGUUUGCCGCUGAUCUAGUGCUACGCGCCAAGACACCUUUGGUGGUGAAGUUAGUGCGUCGUGCUGCAUGAGUUUGUCAGCUGUUCUUUGGUGAUUCUGA